AUGGGAGCAUUAUCGGAAAAAUAUGGUGAUCUGGGCCCGUGCAUCGUUACUUGUACCAUAGAUGGUGUUCAAUUCAUUGAUUGUAUGUAUGAUCUUGGUGCAUGUGUUAGUAUUAUGCCUCUUUCCGUUUACCAUAUAUUGAAGCUACCACCAUUGAAGCGGUCGGCGGCUAGGUUUGUCUUAGCGGAAAAAAGCAUAAUAACUGUGAUGGGUAUUGUGGAAGAUGUGUUCGUAAACAUAAAGGGUUUGAUAUUCCCAAUUGAUUUUCAUAUCAUUGAGAUGCCACCAAGUGAAUCCGAAAGGACAUCAUCCAUCCUACUUGGGAGGCCAUUUUUAAGGACUUCUAAAUUCAAAUUGGAUGCCCACUCGGGAACUUAUUCAUUUGAGAUCGACGGAAGAGUCGUAAGUUUUAGCUUAGAUGAAGCAAUGAGGCACCCACCGAAAAAGCAUUCCAUAUUCCGGUGUGACUUAAUUGACAACAUUGUGGCCGAAGUGCAUUACGCAAAGCUGGAUGAGAAGAGUAUGAUUGAAGAACCAAGUGAAGAAAACACCUCACCCUAUCCGGAACCACCGGAAGUUCAAGUGUCAAGUCAAGAACAAAAUGUGGAAUUGAAGCCACUACCACCCCACCUAAAGUACUUCUACCUUGAUGAAGCCCACAAGUUCUCAAUGAUUGUUGCAAGGGAACUCAAUCCUCAACAAGAAGAAAAAACUUGCUCCAUGUUUUGA